UCACCGUUUGCAAUGCUAAAGUGUCUGAGUGUUCUACUUCUUGUGAGUAUUUUCAACCGUGUGGUGACUGUGGUAGUUUACACUGAAGAUGGAGCUCUGAACGGAACAGUGUUCACAACACCUCGAGGUAGAAGAGUCAUCGCCUUCCUGGGAGUGCCUUAUGCGAAACCACCGGUAGGCUCAAGAAGAUUUCGAGAACCCCAACCGGUCGAGCCUUGGGAAGGGAUUAGAAGCGCUGAUAGUUUCGGCUCGGAUUGUCUUCAGUACAGCUACUACCACGUGAGGAGUCCCAAUCCUACAAACGGUGACGAGGAUUGUUUAUAUUUGAACAUUUUUACACCCCGUCUAUCUCACAGUGCAAAACUAAACGUGAUCUUCUUCAUCCACGGGGGAGGAUUUAUGUUCGGGGCCGGCAAGAACGUUCCGAACUACAUAUUGGACAAUAACGACUUCGUACACGUCACUGUGAACUACAGGCUUGGACCUUUUGGGUUUUUGAGCACCGAGGAUGAAGUUAUCCCUGGAAACAACGGUCUGAAGGACCAAGCUCUGGCUUUGAAAUGGGUUCACAGCAACAUAGGUCGAUUCGGUGGUGACAGCAAAAAGAUCACGAUCGCGGGUCUUUCAGCUGGAGGGGCGAGUGUACAAUUGCAUUAUUUGUCUAGGAAGACAAGGCAUUUGUUUCAUCGAGGGAUUUCCGUGAGUGGUUCUGCCUUGUGUCCUUGGGUUCUCGCGGAGAACUCGCGAUCUAAAGCUGAAACUUUAGCAAGGUCUGUCAAUUGUUCAACCUCUGACUCCGGUCUUCUUCUCCAGUGUUUGCAAGGUGUGCCGGCACAGAAUCUUCUACUACGACUGGAAGAAUUAUUUACGCCUUGGUUUCUAAACCCAUUUUCACCUUUCGGUGUAGUGGUCGAAGUCAAUCACGACGAAGCCUUUUUAAGCAAAAGCCCAUAUCAGCUGUUAUCAGAGGGCGACGUUAAAGACGCUCCUUGGUUGACGAGUAUGACUACUGAGGAAGGACUUUUCCCAGCCGCGACCUUCAUCAAGAACACCUCGCUCCUCCAAGAACUGGAACAACGUUGGGAGGUGAUAGCACCUUUUCUGCUAGACUACAACAACACAGUGCCUGUCCAUCUAAUUAACAACGUCACAGCACAGAUCAGGACGACUUACUUCGGAAAUAAGGUUAUUGGCUACGAAAGUAGAAGAGAAUUGAUUAAAAUGAUGAGCGAUCGACUUUUUAAUGUUGGUAUAGAAAAAGCUGCAAAAUUGCAAGCUUCUGCUACAAAAUCUUCUGUGUUCUUUUACAGCUUCGCUUACAGAGGAAAAUACAGUGUUUCGGACUGGUUUUGCAAGUGUAGGGACGAUCUGGGUGUGAGCCAUGCAGACGAUUUGAUCUAUUUACUCAGGGUAGGAUCAGAUGAUCUGUCACCACUGGAGACAGAGGAGGACAGAAGAGUGGUAUGGAGAAUGGUGGAUCUCUGGGGCAGUUUUAUCCAGACUGGAGAACCUUCCGUUGGUACCGAUAUUCUGUGGAGACCUGUGCCUCCCCAGGGCAGGAAUGUAUCUUUCAUGCUUAUCGCUUCCAGCAGGAACCUUACAAUGUCCAGUUCUGACAACUUGGGUAACAAAGCCUUUUGGGAUAGCCUACCCAUUAAUGAACUUUCUUAUGAUAGAAGUGCUCAAACGGUCAACAGAGUGCACUUACUGUGUUUUAUGAUGUCGAUGGUAUUCCUUAUAUUACGUCCUUAAAACGGGUGUCCAUUGAGAGGGGUGGUCCAGAUUUUGCUUCAUAAAACCGACAUGUUAACAAAGGUAACCACUAGAAAUAGAAAACUGCUAUUUGGCAUGUCUUUAAAUUAGCACAUAUUAUGUCAAUGUUGGUUUUGUUUUAAUUUAUAAUUAUUUGAUAAAAUACAUAUUAAUAAAAAAAUAAUUUAAAGAAGAGUUGGUAAAAUAUUGUUUACAAUUCAUAAAAACCAAUUAAGCCACAUAAAAAUAUGCAUAGCCGCUUGUGUAUCUAUCCAUAAUAAAUAUGUAUGAAAAUUUCAUUACUGUUUCUCUACUACAUUUUGAGUAAAAUGUACCCAAAGUAAUAAAAGCAUAGUUUUAGGAUAACAUAAAAAUACAAAAUGUUGUAUGGAAUUCACAUGUAAAAACGUCAACAGGGAUAUACAGAGUUAUGAAGAUCUUCAUUUUCUCAAAAGUACUUUCAGCAAUUUUUUAAGGAAAUUUCAAAUAGUAUAUUUAAAAAUUUUAAUAUUUUAAAAAUUAAAAAAAUAGUUGCAAAAUAGUCUAUGCGACAUAUAUAAGGUAUAUUCAGAAACUUAAUAAUAGGUAUAAAUCUAUCAUUAUUAUUAUUUCUAUUUGACUUUUUAUUAGUAUAAUACACAUUGUACAAACACACUUUCAACCUACUAUGUAAUACAUAAUUUUAAAGAAAGAUGUGCAGCUAUUAAAAAAAUAACAAACUGUGUUCUACACCUUUUAAUGUUAUGUAGUAAAUUAUGAAAUUAUAUUAUAAUUUAUAUAAAUGUAUAGUAUUAUAAAAUAUAUAUCACUAUUGAUUCUAACUUCAAACAUAUUUAUAUAUGCAAGUCUGCACAUAUUCUCAUAAUUGAAGAUAAAAGAGUUAGACAAUUAGCUAGAAUAUAUUUGUAAGAUUAGUUACCAACGCUUAACAAUAAAAUUCUGUUUGAAACAGACAUAUCCAUAACUAUUUGAAACUACUGCAGGUAGUAUUAACAAAUACUGUAGGGUUCUCAUUACAACACGUUUGAUUGUAACUUCAUUUUAGAGAAGUGAAGGUAAACGUGGUUACAUAUUGCCAAGCGCCCAUAAUUAUUUCUGGAUGGUCAUAAGGGCAUUUACUAUAUGAAAAAUAUUCUUGUAUUAUGUAAAUUAUUAUAAAUUACAAUAAAAACUGUAUAUAUUGGG